GUUGGACACGCGCACUCUUAUUGACGUAACAUUUUCGCGCGCUCUCUUGACAGACUAGAUUUGGCCGCAAGCCUAUACACACGCUCGCUGAGGAAAAUAUACAGAUAUUUCGAUUGAAAUAAAAGAUCGGGGAAGGCUAGCUAGCUACAGCGUGAGGAAGAUUCGGUGUGAAAAAACGAGUGACGCUUAUGAUGACGCCUCGUCAGGACCAACAGGUUGAGAGAUUGUUGGAUGAGGUGCUAAAGGGCAGCAAUGUCAAAGCGUUGGAGGACUUUUUACAAGAUGACAUCAGCGAGGAAACGGCCCUGAAGUGCUCCAGACAGUUCGUCAGCAAGUUGGAUAAAUUAAUCAGCAGAGAGUUAGAUCAAAGGAACAUCAAGAAUGCCUGUUUGGGGCUUUGCAUCCUGCACAAGUGUGGGAAAAACCUGGUUGCCCCAGGGGGUCAUGGGUUAUCAGGCAUGGUCUCCCAGGGUCUGGUCAAGAAGAUGGUGCAGUGGUAUGAGAAAGCCAGGCUAUUGUGGGUGGAGACGGGGACACUGAGGACUGAGGCCCUCAACAACCUUGCAGAAGACUUCUUUGAUGCUCUCUUGGUUGUUCACGAAGCAAGCAAAGAGGGCACACAUCAAAUCACUGAGUCUCUGCUGUUUCCUAUUGGCCAACUGGCCGCAGACCCACGGGUGAACAUUAUGAUCCAGAAAGAGGCGAUUCGGAAACUGAACAUCAUUCUUGACAAGAUGCCCGUGGAUCUGAAGAAGGAGAAGAAGAUCUUGUCGUCUCAGGAUGCCUCUGACAUCAUGACCAACCUGGCUGGCAGGAUCUUGGUGGGUGGAGACUACGACCUGCAGAUUGCCCUGAUGGAGGCGCUGUGCCGGAUGACCACCAGGGGGCAGCGGAGGGAGCUGGCGGAUCGCUGGUUCACCAUGGGCUUCGUAGCCAGCGCCUUCAACAAGAUCCAGGACUCUGAGUUUGAGACGGACUGCCGCAAGUUUCUGAACCUGGUGAAUGGGAUGCAGGGAGAUGGUAGAAGAGUGUUCUCCUACCCCUGUCUGGAGGUUUUUCUAGACAAGCAUGAGCUGCUGAUGCCCGCUGACGAGAAACUGGAGGAGUUCUGGAUCGACUUCAACCUGGGAAGCCAGAGUAUCUCCUUCUACUUCUCUCUGGCUGAUGAAAACGCACAGGAAGGCCAGUGGGACACUGUCUGCAUCCCAGAGAAUGAAGUCCACAGUUACGACAUCAAAGAGGAAGGGCGGAGGUGUGUGCUGAGACUGAAGCUGUCUGAGCCGCUGUGUGUGAGCGGGCUGGAGGGCUCCUCCCUCUCCCUGCACUUCAGCUCCUCCCUGGACGUCCUGCAGGUGGCGCGCAGAGUCUACGGACACACCAAGAACAAGACUUUUGUGGGCAAGACCGGCACGUCUGUGGUGAAGACCACAGUCCAGAUCAUCCUGGAUGAAAGCAACUCCCAGACUGUGGCUCCUGAGAAGCAUGCGUCUCACAUCAGUGCUCUGGACAGAGAGAAGAACAGCGCCCCCUGGCUGCAGCCCCCUCGCUCCACACCCCUAAAGAUGAAGGCUCCAGCCAGGAGGAGAACGUCUGAGUCCAGCAGCUUCAUCAGCAGCAGCGGAGGAGGAGGCGGCCGUGGCGGCAGUCCUUUCACUGUCGUCAUGGCAACGGCCACUCCUAACAGCAGGGCCAGGAUGAAACCAGCCCUGGAGCUGAUGAGCUCCUGUGAGCAGCCGACCCGGCCCAGCCUGGCAGACCUGAGCAGGAGCGACACCCCUGGACGCUCCCCGCCUCUGGAGACGGCCAGCAGGGGAGCACAGGCGGACGCUCCUCUGCCCCGAAGCACCUCCAAGCCAGACCGGCCAGCACACCUGGCAGAGCAGUACCGCAGGAACAUCCCAGUGGACAAAGUGGUGGAGAUGGUUCAGGGUGACGAGGAGCUUCUUGACCACAGCUUUGUUCCAGACUCGCAGCCCUCCGCGACCACGGAGAGGUCGAUAUUCACCCACUGGACCAAGGGAUCGGUCUCUGACACGCUGCAGCCAGGACAGAGGAGGUUCAGCAGGGCUCUGCCCCAGCCCGAGCCAGCGUCUGUGCCAACUGUGGGCCAGCAGGAUCGGCCGUCCUCAGCCCAGAGAGCCCAGGCUUUGAGCUCAGGCCCUGCCAGCCACAAGCAGCUCCAUGCCCAGCUCACCCAGCGCCUGCAGGAUGUCCUCCGGGAGAGGAAGCAGCAGGACGCAGGGCCUGUUGAGCGAGGUGGGCCUCAGGGACGAGGUGGGCCUCAGGGACGAGGUGGGACCCAGGAGCGAGGUGGGACCCAGGAGCGAGGUGGGCCCCAGAAGCGAGGUGGAUCCCGGGAGAAAGGGCCUGAGAAGGGUGGAAGGUCUCAGAGCAGAGGUGGAUCUGAAGGGCGUGGUGUCGGAGACUUCCAGCAGCUUACAGGGAGGCAGAGCCUGGGUAAAGGGAAGGCCAAGAGCCAGAAGCCCCAGGACCCGGAGCCUGUCCUGGCCAAGGCUCCAGUAAAGCCCUCCCUCACCCAGAGCAAGAAGGGCCUGCAGGAGAGGCCGACCCCCAACCCCAAGGUGAAAGCCUCAAGACCAGACUCCAGCAGAGAGAAGAGGGAUGCAGAAGUGGCAGACGGCAUUGUGAAGCUCAUCUCUAGCCGCUACGACUUCCCCACCCCCUCCAUCUCUGCCUGCGAGGCCUUGGCACACACCGCCUCUCCUCCCAAGAACCCUCCGGCCCCCAAAAGAUCUCUGUUUGAGAAAAGCUGGCUGCCCCCGGCCAAGAAGCAAGCCUCCGGAUUUCUCAAGUCCUACAGCAACAGCAGGAAAAGUGCUGUGGAGAAAAACGGAGAGGACAUCUUCGCAUUCACUAUGGACUCACCGCUAAGUAUCGGGCGCAAGGUGAAGAGCAACGAGUCGUCUGCUGUUGACAGCAGUGCCCUGUAUGACUCCUGGGCUCUGCCCAGCACUACCAAGAAAGGCCUGCUCUUAAAGCCUCAGCCCCCCCCCAGGCGCCACGUGAAGAAGCACCUGUUCAGUGACACAGACACCAGCGGCGGGGCGGAGGUCAGCUGGCUGAGGGAGUCCAGCAGGAAGGCCAAGCCUAAAGUGACCGAUUACAGCAGGCAGCCUGCAGCCAGACCCAGGGCCCCCGCACCGGACACCACACUCGAUUCUCCUGACCACCUCCCUGCAUCCUCCAAAGCUGAGAAGGAGAAUGCCAAGCCCAAAAAGAAGGGCUCCGCUGUGAGGGAGUCAGGUGGUCUGGGGGUCAGAGAGGAGCCUGCAGAGCGCAGUAGAGCCACCAGGAGGCCCCAGAGAGCUGCCGCCACCUCCAAGAGCUACAGGGAGCCUGACAGUGACGGCAGCGACAGCCAAUCAGAGACGGAGCAGCCGUCCGUGCCUAAGAAGGCUUCUCUGGAACAGGAUCAGGAGCUGAAGAAGACGAAGACGAUCAAGACCGCGGCCGCCACCAAGACUUUCAAAACGCCCGACGACAACGAAAGCCAAUCAGAGACAGAGCAGCCGUCUCGUCCUAAGAAGCCAUUCGGCGGAGAGGUGGAGAAAAAGAGCGCGAGAGUCGUCGAGGAGGUGAGGAAAAAGAGGACGACUCCCCCGGCCAGGGACCAGACGAGUGUGGUGAAGGACUCGUGGGCGUCCCGACUGGCCUCCUUCUCUCUCUCUCCUCCCCCCAUCGAGAGGAUGAGAGGCACGGCUGCCGAGAGGUCGGUCGUCCUGCCCAGGUCCCCCCCCACCCCGCUGGGCUCCCUGUCCGGCUCUCCCAUCUGCGGUGCCCCCCCCUCGCCUCUCCCAGACUUCCCUAAGCCCCCCCGCAGCGGUGACGGAGCCUCUGAACCCUCCACCUUCCACAGCGCCCGGAGUAGGAGCAACGGCAAGGCCGUGAAGAUUCCCUCUCUCCAUCCUCUCACCCCUCUCCCCUCCCUCACUCCCCUUCCCUCCCUCACCCCUCUCCCCUCCCUCACUCCCCUUCCCUCCCUCACCCCUCUCCCCUCCCUCACUCCCCUCCCCUCCCUCCCUUCUCUCUGCCCCCUCACCCCCCUCGGCCAGAGCCCGGUCCUUCGAGCCCCGAGGCCCAGUGUUGUGGAGCCCCAGCUGAGCCCCAUUAAGCGGGCUCUCUCCCCUGCCCAGUCCCCUCUCUCCCAGUCCUCCCAGCCCCUCCUGACCUCCACAGCCCUGGAGAGGACCCCCCCUCUCUCCCCUCUCGACUCCCGCUUCGUGCCCGGAGACACUCUCAACCAGGGCAUCCAUUUCGGCUUCGACCAGGAGUCGCUGGUCUCCAGGGUAACGCUAAGCCAAUCCUCGUCAAGGUCUGUGGUGUCGGUGUCGAGAGUGGAGAUCAAGCCGGUAGCCAUGGCUACCAAGCUGGAGAAAACACCAUCUUCUGACCAGCAGCACAAGCCAGACCAACACCACUAUCACAUUUCAGGACCGAGCCGCAAGCGUUGCAACUCCAAGCCCCAGAACUCGGAGGAGGAGGUGAAAGGAGGAAAGAGGAGCAGGAUGAGAGAUCAAGCUGUCAAGAUCAGGCCCAGGAAACUAUUCAAGUCAUCGGCUAAGCCCCGCCUCCCAGUGGCUAAGCCCCGCCUCCCAGGCCAAGCCCAGAGCUGGGGAGAGCACAACAGCUCUGAGGAGGAGGAUGGAGAAGAAGACCAGGAUGGAAAAAACAUGGAGGAUGUGGUCCCCGUGGCAACCAAGACAAGCUUCCGCCACAUCCAGAGCAAGAGGGCUCAUGACACGGUCAUAAAGGUGUCUCCAGAGGGGGAGGGGGGCAGACAGGUAUCCUCACGCACCGUGACGUCCAGAUGUUGGGAGGCCAGUGUGGAGGAGGAGGAGGGGGAGGAGGAAGGGGAAAUGGAGGUGGACCUGCCGCACAGCACUAGCCCCCUUGAUAUGGCUGGCAUGUGUCGGCAGUUCAGCUCAGAGCUACAGAGGAAGUUCCAGGGCCGGUCCAGGAGGAUGGAGAUGUACACCACACAGUCUCUGCAGACCGUGCAGCAACAUGUCUCCUCUAUCAGCCUGCAAGUCAGCGAGCACAGGUCCCAGAAUCUGGAGCAGGUACGGAAUGUCCUGCUGGAGGAGAUGGGCAACCUGGAGAAGGACAGCGUGACUCUGAAGAGCAUGGAGAAGGAGCUGACCACGUACUGGAGGAAGCAGUCUGUAGCUUUCCACUGCUACCAGGAGAGAGAGACCCGAAGACUGCAGAGCCUGAAGACAGCUUUCCAGACCAAAACGUCUCACAGCCUGGAGUACGAGGAACACAUCUUCACCUCACAGAUGUGUCUGAUGAGACAGGACAUGAAGUCCGUCCAGGAUCGCCUCGUCAAGGAGAUGCAGGAGGAGGAGAUCCAGAAUGUCCGGAGAGGACUGAAGGCUCUGUUCCUGCCUGAGGGGCACAUGUUCUGACCCCGGACAACACAUAGAAGGUCUCCUACUUCUCCUCACGCUACACCCUUAGCUCACACAGAAUGAGGGUCAUGAGAGGUUCAUGUUCUGACAAGUUCGGUUGUUUUUGAGUUAGGUUAAAGUCAAUUAAAUAUACAUACAUGGAUAGACUAUGUAAUAAUAUAUAUAUGUUAAUUAUUCAAAUAUUAGGAAAUGUUUUAUUUAUUCAUUUGUAAGUUACUAAUUGGCCCCCGUUGGCUUGAUGUUUUACAAUACCUUUUGUAAGUUUUUAACCAUCUCUGGUAAUGGAGUAAUAUUUUUAAAUAAAUAAUGAAUUUAAUAACUAUAUUUUGAACAAUUUUGUUCCUGUUAAAAUGACCACGUUCCCGGUGCUUUUGAAUUUCGAAUAAAUGAAAGUUUUCUACA